AUUUGACAUUUUGUUCAGAAAAUUUUGGUGCAUCUUCCCAGUUAGAUAGAACCCACCAAUGUCAUCUAUGUAAAUUUAAACAAUACACAAAACCCUGAUGCAUUCAUGGCUGCUAAGAAGUUUGUCUUUUUGUAGAAAAUCAUUACCCAGUAGAAACUAGUGUGCUUCAGUUGCAGAGGAAGGAGGAAGAAGGGAAUAUAGAUUUUUUUUUUUUUUGAGAAAGAAUACUAAGCUUCCAUAAAGGGAGAAAGGUACAUGUGUAUAGACACAUAUUAGAGAGAAAAGGAAGUAGCUUGGUGAAGAAUGGAGAAUAGUGGGAGUAGCAGCCAAGGCAGCAUGGUGGUGGGCAAUCAGAGGAAGGCAUUUGAAGGAAUCAGAAUAGGGAAUCCCUUCACUUUCAAAGUGGGUCAAGUAUUUACUGGCUUUGGGGUUGGCUGUGGUGUUGGUAUUGGCGUUGGUCGUCCUAUAAAUCUAGGUGCAUUACCGAUGCUGGGUCAGGUCAUGAGUGCAACAAGAGGUGCCACUGAUGCAUUUUCUGGUGUCAGUGGACAUGUAAAUGAUGCUUUGAGGAAGGUGGGGGCAAAGAACAUUGAGGCAGGCAUUGGAUGUGGAGUUGGUUUUGGCCAUGGUUUUGGAAUCGGACUUGCUAUCAAACCUGGGGUGUUGCAUCAAAUUCAGUCUUGUGUUAUGGCAACUGUGACAAACUUGACAAUGAAGUUUGGAUUGGCUCCCAAUUUAUCCACCACUCAAGGUGCCAUUCCAUUAUCUUUGCAAAGUGGCUUGUCCACAAUAAACGAGCCCUCUGUCCUGAGUCCACUGGGAAGAGUUCUGCAGAUGGCACCAAACGUAUCCAAUCACCCAUUUCAAGGGCUAUCUGAAUCCGAGCAGGGAGAUACGGUGACAGGUUCCAGUUGUCAAAAAUUUGCUUCUAUCUCCCCAGUCGAGACAUCUUUUGGACAAACAGAAAACAUUACCAGCAGUUUUUUGCACGAUGCAGUUUUGAAGGAAGACAAUACCAGAGUAAAUGAACUUGCCAGUCGAUUGCGGUCUGAAAACAACAUGCUUCAAAUGGUUUUGAAACACCAGCAAAUAAUUGAGGAGCUUAUGAAGGAGAAUGAGAAACUUAGUCAAAUACUUGUGGAUGACCUGAAAGUACCACCAAGCAAGCUCCCUUCCAGUUACUCGAGCUCAAGUAAAAGUAAAUCCCCAUGUUCAGAAUGCUUUGAGUGCCGAAGGAAACAAAGAAAGAGAUGGUCAUAAGUAUACUUUAGUUUCUUUUCUUUUUUUUGAUCUUUUUCCUUUUUCUCUUCUUCUUCUUCUCUCUUUCUUUCUUUCAUUUUUCCUUCUUUUUUUUUUUUAUUAUUAUUUUUUUCAAUUCUUGCCAUCUCCUUUUACCUCAUUGGGCCAUAAAUCCUGAGUCCAUCCUCCUCAGUGGUGCGCCUAAUGAUCUGACCAAUCUUUUUAAGUCUUUUUCCUGAGGGGUAAACCACCAAAUUUAAGAGCAGGGGAAGAAUGAGGGUAAAAACAUAGAAUUACAUGAUAAACGAUUUCCAGUUCCCUUUUUUCACUUCCUUUAUACUUUCCAGCCAGUAAAAUCCUCAAACAGCAAAGCCUUCAAUGGUAUAACUUGUAUUAGAAUUUACCCAAUAACCUGUAUUCUCCAUUGCUGGUCUCUAUUGUUCACAUGAACCAUGACUGGUUUAUGGCUUGGCUUAGUAAAGUUAUUGAUGUAUCAUUCUGUGGUGUUUAUCUUUCAGCAUUUUCUGUUAAUGAUCUAUUCCCAACUUUCUCAUUAAAAGGUAUCCGACCAUGUUUUCUUGCUUCUUUUUCCAUUUUAUUUAUUAUAGGAUGCAGAUUAGUGAAACUACUUGAACUAGAGUGAUUUGCAGUUAUUUGUGUUGUACUUGCAUAUCCAUGAUUGGUUGGGGGAUAUCUGUACAACUUAAAUCAUAUAUAAUUAUGAUGUUGUAAUGUUACUUUUAUCGUUAAGUAUGAAUUGUGUAAGCUGAUUACAGGAGUUUUGGAAAAGGGUUAAGAUUUGUAAGAAUGUCCUGAAUUCUCUCUAUGUUGUACAUGAGUUUGGUUGUGGGGCAAUGAAUUAGGAUGCCAUGU